GGGCGUGAGUCACGGCUGGCUCGCUCUGCGCACCUUUCCGCAGGUGAGGGGCCCGGGACCGCCGUGCCCGCUCCUCGCAGCCUGCCCUCCAUCCUCUAGGCGGGGUGCUGGAGCCCUGGGUCUGCCCGGUCUGGUCUCUGGGGCCAGGUCUGGCUUUCCCUCAUGUAUGGCCAGAGCCCUGCGCGUGUGGUGCCACUUCUCCUGGGCUUACAGCUCUCAGCUCUUUGUCCUGUAGCCGUGGAAAUUUACACCUCCAGGACGCUGGAGGCUGUUAACGGGACCGACGUGCGGUUAAAAUGCACUUUUUCCAGCUUUGCCCCCGUGGGUGAUGCGCUAACGGUGACUUGGAACUUCCGUCCUCGAGAUGGGGGGCCGGAACAGUUUGUGUUCUACUACCACAUGGACCCCUUCAAACCCAUGAGCGGGCGGUUCAAGGACCGGGUGGCCUGGGAUGGGAACCCUGAGCGGUAUGAUGUCUCUAUACUCCUUUGGAAGCUGCAGUUUGACGACAAUGGGACGUACACCUGCCAGGUGAAGAACCCACCUGAUGUCGACGGACUGAUAGGGACGAUCCGGCUCAGUGUUGUGCACACGGUACCCUUCUCUGAGAUCUACUUCCUGGCCCUGGCCAUUGGAUGUGCUUGUGCACUGAUGAUCAUAAUAGUGAUCGUGGUAGUCCUCUUCCAGCAUUUCCGGAAGAAGCGAUGGGCUGAAAGAGAUCAGAAAGUGGUGGCAACAAAAUCAAAAGAAGAAGAAAAGCUACAACAAGAAAACAAGGUCUCUGUUUAUCUCGAAGAUACAGACUAACAUUCCCAGAUGGAAGCUGAAGAUUUCCAAGGACAAGGACUCUAACAUUGCUUGAAGACAAUGGAAACUUUCUUUUGGCUUGUCCAGUUAUAACCUGUCUUCCAGCAAGUUCUGCAGCACAUACUCACUGAGAUGAACAACGUCCUUCUGUGGGCAGAACAGGCUCUCCCUGAACAGAUACCACCAGACUUACACACAUUUUCAUUAUUAAGGUUUUAUUUAGCCAGGUGUGGUGGCGCACACCUUUAAUCCCAGCACUUGGGAGGCAGAGGUAGGAGGAUCACCAUGAGUUCAAGGCCAGUUUGAGACUACAUAGUGAAUUCGUGGUCAGCCUGGGCUAGAGCAAGACCCUACCUCAGGAAUAAAAAAAAAGGAAGGAAAAUGAUUUUAUUUAAUUUCAGAGUAUACAUUAGCUUUUGUAAACUAAGAAGCCACAUUUCACCCUCCAACAUUCCUUAUGAAAUAUGAGUUAUAAAUGCGUUUAUUGGCAUCAAAAGGGAUAAAAGCCAGCUUGUCUGUUAGAAUAUUUCCUCUCAUAUUAGUUUCUUUAGGGAAACACUUUUUUGCUAUUACAGUUAAUGUUUACUCUCCUUCCUUCUCACACAUUAAUUAAAAGGUGAGCUAAGUUUCCCAGCCAUUUUUGAUUAAUACUAAACCCCAUGUUCUCACUGGUUGGCUUGAUUUUUAUGAUUUGUAGUAAACCCUAAGUUCACAUUGGCAGGUUUGAUUUUUAUGGCUUUCAAGUAAUGGUCAUAUCUCAUUUUAGUGAAUUUCUUUCAGUAUCCUAGGUGAUAGGGUUUGUCAUUCUUUUGUCAAUGAAUCCAAGGUUUACAUGUGAUAGCACAAGUCUCAAUUGAACACUAACUAUAAAAGGUUACAAAAAUGCUAAUACAUUGCCACCUCAGGAUGAACCAUUCAUCACCUUUUUUUCUGUAUUGUGAAAAUCAUCAGUAGGGAAGGUAUUUACUCAAAAGAGAUUGAAGAGUUUACUGUGUUCUCACUCAUUCUCACCCCUUCAGUUAUCUAGAACAGAAUGAAGUCUGUGCUCAUUUGCAGACUCAAAUUAUUAAGCAGUUGAAUUGAAGCAGUCUGAAAUAGUACGUUACAAUUAAAAAAAAAAUUAAGGCUGGUAAAAAAGGUCAACCCUAAAUGAUAACAAUUUUGUGCAGUAUUAUAUAAAGCUCUGAGAACUGGAAGAAAUUAUUUAAAUUGUUAUUGUUUCUGGCUGUAAUUAAUCUUAUUUUAAGAGAGUUUGGUAUGGACCAAAGAAAUUUAAAAAAUACUUUAACUGAAUGAAACCAACUUUAUUCCCCUUCCCUCAUAUUUGGUAGAAAAGCAGGUUUUACAAGUGGGUUAUGUAAAGAAGAAUGCUUGUUAAAAAGUGUCUAGUUACUGGUAUGUGUUCAAACUUAAGUCAGAGUACUAUUUAUUCAAAAGAUAGAAAAUGUAAAAAAUUAGGCUAGAGGUAAAUUUUUACAGCUUGAUUUUUAGUUUUCAUUGGCUAGGCAUAAAUAGGUAUUAUUUCUUUUAACAAGGUGGAAUUUUCAAUAGAUUAUACUUCAAGAUGCUGGACCUUGAUAUUUUCCAACAUUAUUUUUUUUAAAUUAGCAUAAUUUACAAGUUAAAUCUUGAUUCUGAAACUCAUUCUAUACCUGUCUUAUUCUGCCUUUUGUAGUGUCUAUGGAAGUCGUUUUAAUACCCAGUUUUGAAGCUAAAAAUCAGAUUUAAAGUCUCUAGCACACAUUUUACAUUUUAUUUAUAACUUCUAUAAAUGUAACUGGAUUUUCUUCAUAUAGUCCAGAUGAUGUUCUAUAAGUGUAAUGAAGUAGUUAAAAACUCAUGGAGAAUUUUUUCGAGUUAUUUGUAGAAUAUGUCUUGUCUUAAUUCUCAAGAGGUAUUAUAGCCUUAUUGUUUAGUGUCUCCUUCCUAAAGAGCACUUUUGUAUUGUAACUUAUUUUUUAUUAUGCCUUAAACACUAUGUAAA